GUGGUCAUGCCUUUUGGCCUCACCAACGCCCCGGUGACGUUCCAAGCGACGAUGACCAAUGAGUUUUGUGCAAUGUUGGACCAGUUCGUGCUGUUCUACUUAGACGAUAUUCUCGUCUACAGCCGGACAUUGGAGGAUCAUCUUGGACAUCUUCGACGAGUGUUGGCGACGCUCCGCCGUGCCAAGUACAAGGCCAACCGCAACAAGUGCGAAUUUGUCCGGCAAGAGCUGGAAUACUUGGGCCAUUUUGUCACACCUGAGGGCAUCAGUCCGCUAUCGGACAAGAUUCAGGCCGUCCAAGAGUGGUCGGAGCCUCGGAACGUCACGGAUGUCCGCUCGUUCCUCAAUCUUACCGGCUACUAUCAGCGCUUCAUCAAAGGCUACUCCAAGAUCGCGGCCCACUUGAACAAGCUUCAGUACGAGGAUCGACCGUUUGACUUCGGAGAGGAGGCGCGAGGAUCAUUCUUUGCUCUCAAAGCCGCGCUAUUGUCUGCGGAGGUCUCGUGAAUCUACGACCCGCUCGCACCUACGCGUGUCACUACGGAUGCG